AAUAUGUUCAAAUUGGUGGUAUUGUCUGCUCUGCUCGCCGUAGCUGCUGCCCGUCCCGGACAUCUCUAUGAAUCGCCGCUGGUCUAUGCUGCUGCUCCAGCUGCAACAAUUGUGCAGGAGCCGGUGCUGGCCAAAGUGGGCGCCGUCGUGAGAAGUGUGCCCACCUCUGUUUCCCAUCAGAGCCAAUCGGUGGUGCAUAGCCACGCCCACUACGCGGAGGAUAUUGUUGCGCCUGUGGUCAAGUCUACGCCUGUGGUGAGCUAUGCUGCUCCAGCGCCAGUUGUGCAUGCCACAUACGCAGCCGCUGCUCCAGUUGUACACAGUACUUAUGCUGCCGCUGCGCCCGUGUUGCAUGCCACAUAUACUGCCGCUGCUCCUUACGCCCAGGUGGCUGCCUCUUCUCCGCUGACCUACACCGCCACCGGCGUGUGGUAAUUUGUCCUGCUGACGUGGCUUACGUUGGACGGUGCUUAUGUGAUACGAAUACGAAAUAAAUAAAAACGUUUU